AUGGCUACUUAUCUUUCGGCUCUCAGCUACGACCCGAAUUCUAAGCUUCUGCAAUUGUCAGAAGCGUCUGAAGAUGUGGAUAUGAAUUUGAAACAGAUUAACAAGUUAACACAGGAUCUGAUUGCCGAGAGUAAUCCAAACUUUACACCUCAGCCGCGCGAUGACUCCACUGCAAUGAUUAAGAAAUUGUUCGAAACAGGGCUGAAACAAGUACAACAACAGAAAUUGCCGGAAGCUCUCAAAUCCAUCAAUCUAGCCAUAGAGAUGUCUCAACGCAAGCGGGCAACCUGGGAGGCAUUUGCAGUACAAUUACAAGAACUCCAAUUCAUGUUGAAAAAUCGUGUUGAUUUAAGCUUGAUACAGGGUAAAUUUAUGGAUGCUCUGGAGGACUUGGAAUUGUUACACAAUACGGGACUGAACUCCUCCGAUGUUUUCAUUCGCAAGACCGACGGCCUCAUGAAACUCAAGCAGUACGAACAAGCCCAAGUCGAGGUUGAACGUGGCUUGAGCCUUGAUCCUUCGAACGCUAAACUCAAGGCUCUUCACCUUGAAAAUUCUCGCAGGCUCGCGGACUACAAUGGUGAUUUAUAA